AAGCUCACUAUUACGACGCCAUGGCUCAACAAGGCCUCGAACUCUCGACGGUGCCCAACGACCGGUGGGAGAUCCACCCCAACCCUUUCUCUCGGCCCGCCAUCACCCAGUGCUGCUCCAACGCUGCCGCCGCUGCAUCGUUCGCUGAUGCUUCCAGCCACUCAGCCCUCAGCAUGGACUCCUCGUCUGGUCAUGUUUCAGGAGAGCCAGCGGAGAACCGCCACAUGUGGAGCCAUGUCCUGCUAGACGUAGAAGAUGCUGGGGAGGUGGAUGACGGGGAGAACUUCCUUGAAGUGCUGAGCUCAAGAAGGCUAACAGCAGAUGUGUUCGAACCUGCAUGCGCUAACUCCAAGAAGAUGGACAGCUGCAGGGAAUUGCAUCCAUUCUCUCUUCACUCCUUGGGAAGCCUCAUGCAGCCAGAUUUCGCUAACAACUGGUCUCUCGCUCCUUCGAACCCACAGCUCGAGCAUCAUCUUGCACCAUCAACGUGCAAUGGCUAUAUCUCUGCUUCGAUGUUGAUCGAUCACUUGGCGUCUGAUACUUCUCACGUUACGCAUGAAAUCCCGGUUUCACCGUCGUUUACUGUCGACGCAGUUGUAGGAGAAAGCAGUAGAAGCUAUUAUGAUCACAACGUGAAGCCACGGAGUCACCAAACAGGUCUCAACCAUGAGUUCUGCGGUGGAAUGGCAGAGGCUUCAUUGUCUAACCGAAGAAGUCCGUCAGACCAAGUCCCCUUUGGUGGAUGCUUAGGCAAGCAAGCUGGAAUGGAGUUACCAGCGUCAAAGCCUCGUGUAAAAGGCUCAGAUUUGUGUUGUGGCAAUAAGCAAGCAUAUGAAAGAUCAUCAAUAAGGGGAAAUGGCAGGAAUACCGGAACAGUUGAAGGAAAGAAGCAAAGAUCUGAUGAAGAGAGUACAGAGACACUCCUCAAGAAAUCCAAGUAUGAUAGCUCGAUGGUUUCACCUGCUAAGCUGCAGGUGCCCAAGGCAAGGAUGGCAGCUGAAAGAAUCAGUGCUCUACAGCAAAUUGUAUCGCCAUUCGGGAAGACAGAUCAAGCAUCUGUGCUCAUGGAAACCAUAUUUUGUAUCAAAACUCUACAAGAGCAAGUACAGUUGCUAAGUGAUCCAUACAUGAAGUCAAGUGCUAGCAAGGAUCACAAUUCAUGGGGACAGUUGGAGAGGAAGGUAAAGGCUCAGGCAAAAGUUGAUCUGAGGAGUAAAGGGCUUUGCUUGGUUCCUAUUUCAUCCAUCUCUCAAGAUCAUACAGACAAUAGCAGACCAGAUUACUGGAUGCCAACAUACAGAAGUUGUUUCUACUAGUUAGAGCCUUCUUGCGUAGAUCUGUAGAUCACCAAUUCUGUCAACGACAUGUAAUUGUCCGACAACAUAAAUGUUUCUACCAGCUGUUAUUAUUUUGAUGGAAUUGUUGCUGUAUUGUUUUGUUUAAUACCACGAAAAUAUACGGUAAUGCUAUUUAAAAACAUUAUAA